AUGGCGUUCCCGAGCUGGACCUUCCACCUGCUGAUACCCGCGGUCGUGCUGCUGCACUUGCUUGUCUCGCCGUACACAAAGGUCGAGGAGUCGUUUAAUCUGCAGGCUGUUCACGAUAUCCUGAUCCAUGGGAUUCCCCGGAGCGACGUGGCUGCCUUCUUCAAGGCCAGCUACGAUCACGUCUCGUUUCCUGGCAGCGUGCCCAGGACGUUUGCGGGCGCGUUGGUGCUGAGCGGGUUGGCGCGCCCGGGUUUGGCCCUGGUGGGUGAUAAGGCGCAGGUGCAGGUUCUGGUCAGGGCGGUGCUGGGCCUGUGCAAUGCCUUCUCGCUCGUUGCGUUUGGGAGAAGCGUUCACACAGCCUUUGGACCAUCGGCGGGCGUCUGGUAUGCUCUGUUCCAGGCAAGCCAGUUUCACGUCAUCUACUACGCGUCGCGAACGCUGCCUAACAUGUUUGCUUUUGUUUUCAGCAACUUUGCUCUGCGAGCUCUGCUGAAUGCAUACGCGGUCUCUUACAGCCGGGAAGACGUCAAUCGAUGGUGUCGGCUCUGUCUAUACCUGCUGACCAUUGCUGGCGUCGUGUUCCGCUCCGAGCUGGCUAUCCUGGUCGGUACAAUCACGCUCUACCUACUCGUCACCCAGCGGCUGUCCCUUAUCAAGGUGGUCAUCCCUGCCGGGGUAGGCGGACUGGUGAUAGGUCUGCUGUGCACCACCCCGAUCGACUCGUUCUUCUGGCAGUCCUUCCCGCUGUGGCCGGAGUGGAUCGCCUUCUACUACAACACCAUCCAGGGACACUCCGCCGACUGGGGCGUGUCGCCAUGGCACUACUACUUUGCCAACGCCCUGCCACGCCUGCUUCUCAACCCGGCAACCUAUCUGCUCUGCAUACCCGUCGCCCUUCUGAACGCUGCCACCCGCAGACGGAGCCUUGACCUCCUUGUCCCCCUCAUGUCCUUUGUAGCGCUGUACAGCUUUCUCCCGCACAAGGAGUGGCGGUUCAUCGUCUACGUGGUUCCAGGCCUCACUGGCGUCUCCGCCGCAGGUGCAUCGUGGAUCUGGACGCGCCGGUCCAAGUCGAUCGUCUACGCCCUCCUAUCGCUCAUCCUCGCCGCGUCAGUGCUUGUCUCUUUCGCUGCAUCGACCGCCAUUCUCGCCCUCUCCAGCCUCAACUACCCCGGUGGAGCAGCGCUGCACAGCCUGCACAGCCUGCACAACGGCAUCUCGGAUCCGGCGAAGAACCACGUCAGCGUCCACUUGGACAACCUCGCCUGCCAGACGGGCGUGACGCGGUUCCUCGAAGCCCACAGCGCGCCUCAGACCGACCUUGACGCGCUAGAGGCGCGGGACUCGCUGCAGAAGAGGACGUGGGCGUACGACAAGACGGAGGACCCGGCGGUGCUGCUCGAUCCGCUGUUCUGGGCCCGGUUUGACUACGUGCUAGCAGAGCGGCCGGAGAAGGUCAUCGGCAGCUGGGCGGUCGUCCACGCCGUGUACGGGUUUGGCGGCGUGCGGGUGUUGCAGCCUGGGGAGCAGAGCGGGGCGGUGGUCGAGGCGGUGGUUGGGGAUCCCGAGAGUGCAGGCGCGGCAGGCGACUGGACGGAGAGGGUCGCUGGGGCGUGGAGGCGGCUGGAGGGUGUGCUCAGACAAGGCGUCUUGAGAGGGUACUGGGUGGAAGUGCGGAUGGAGCCGAGGAUCAGAAUACUGCGGAAUCAACUCAAGUAG